UAUUUUUUUUAAAAUUUUUAUAAGGCAAGAUAAUGUCACCUACAAAAAAUACAAAUGAGUUGAACAAUACCAAACCUAGUUUGGAAUCUGAAAAUGACAGCAGCCCAACUAAGAAUUCUGCUCCUGUGAUUGAUAAUUUGAAUCAAUCAAAUAUAAGCCCAAGACGAUCAGGCAGGGUAAGAAAAUCAAGAAAGUUUCAUGAUGAUUUUCAGUCCACAAGUAACAUCCAUUUCAAUAUUGAUGAAUAUUGGACGAGGAUAAGCAAAGCCAAGAAUGCGAAACCAGUCAAGGUAGAAAAACGAGGAUUGUAUGGAAUUAAACACCGAAAUGAAACAAUGAGCAACAGAAACAUAUUUGCUUCCCUGAGAGAAGAUGCAAACACAUUAAAUACUAAUAAUGGGGAUGCACAACAGCAAUCUUCGAUUCCCAGUAAUAUAGAUAUUGAUAAAGAAUUAACAGGCGAAAAGGAUGACACAGACUUAUAUUUGAAUUACUUUAAAUUUCCAAGAUCCGAGGAAAACGAAAAGUACAAAGAAGUAUACGAUUGCAUUCCAAAGUUGCGAAGUUCGUCUCCCCCGAGAUUCACAACAAAGGGAGUAAAGAAGAGUCGUAUUAAUCAUGAAGCAAUGGGUGUUCGCAAGCUCGGGAAAACCCUCGGAAAUCCCUUUUCAACUCACGGGCGAAAGAGAAACGGAGUCGUUUUCGGAAACAGAGAAUUAGUUUCCGUAGAUGAAAAAUUAAAAUAUACAGAAGCGGCAAGUAACAUCAAAAGGAUCAUGAAGGACAAAUGUAAGGAUGUGAGAUUCAGUAGUUACGUUCAACCAAAAAUACUCGAAGAAGCGAGGGAUAAAUUUUCUGCUAAAAGAAAGCGCAAGGCAAAACCUCAUUCCAAUGAAGAAGAAGAUGAGGUAGACAUUGAAACAGUGGACGACAGUAACACCAUUGUCCCGGAAGUAUUAAAACGAUCACUAACAAAAAUGAAGACGGGACGAAAACCAGGUCGAACUAUAUUAGAAUGCGAAGACUGCGGAUAUAAAACUACACAUAGUGGUCACAUGAGGACACAUAUCAUGUGUGUGCAUAAAGAUCUAAAACAACAUGAGUGUAAAUACGAAGGAUGUGAUUAUAAAUGUUCACGUAAAGGAUCCAUGACACGUCAUGAAAAAUGUGUCCAUCGUAAAGACAAAGUAUUUAGAUGUGACAUAGAAAAUUGCAAUUUCGAAUCCGCUUGGUACAUCAGUCUUGAAAGACAUAUUGUCACAAAGCAUGAAAAACUACGACCUUGGACUUGUCAGAUUUGUCGAAAAUCAUUCGGUCAGCAAUAUACACUGGAUUCGCACAUUAAUUCGGUGCACAGGAAACAGAAAAGAAUUAAAUGUGCAUUUUGUACGUUCCGUUCUUGCACAAAAAUGUCAGUAAGAGCUCAUAUUUUACGAAGACACAAAGAUAAAAUUUCUGAAGCUAUCAACGAGGCAGAAGAAGAAGAUAAUGAGGAAACUGAAGAUCUAGUUGAUUACACGAAUGAACAAAAUGAUUAUGAUGUGACAAUGGAAAUCAAGGAACAAGAGUGUGCAUAAUGUAAGCAGUUGGAUAGAGACAUUAUUUCUGUGAGUCUGGAACUUAACCUAAUUCAUAUGGUAAAGCUCUCAAUAAUUAUGGAUAUUGGGAUCCAAAUAUGUAGGGUGUUUUGGUGGUGCUCCAGAAAUGUGUGCACCAAUAUGGAUGUAACUAAUUUUGUUUGUCUAUUUUACAUCAAGUUGUAUAAAGGGACUGAACGUAUGGGCAGGGGGCAUAUUCACUUGGCUAACACAAACAGGCUCGACCUCUUAAUAGAACAAAAUAAGGUAAAUCGGCAUAAAAUUAUGGCCCAACCUCAACCUGGUACACACAUUAUGGGAGUACCGUUUUGGUCUCUGUGGCUUUUAGAGCAAAACACUAGACUUAAUGAUGACUGCAUCGCUGGUUAAAAUCUUCAGUUCAAUCCCAUGCCUGCCACUCCACCCUGUGUGUAAAAAAUUAGUUGGGAGCGGAAAGAUUCCGGUCUGCUCAAACUAUAAUCGCUCGUUACCAGACUACUUUUGCAGAGCCAUGUUCGGGUUAGAAAAACCCAUAAUUUUGCUGUAUAAAAUUUGUGUGACUUAUCCAAUUCAGAAUUCAAGUAUACAGCUUGCUGAAAAAUAAAUCAAGAUUUUAAACAUUCUCGACAUGAAUAUGUAUAAUAUUUUCACUUUCAAAAUGAGUCAAUUAACCUAAACUAAAAUUUGUUUUUCUACACCACUUAUUUGCAUUUAGGACCAAAAUUUUUUUUCAUACUAUUAAACCAAUGUACUUCGUUACUCCCUAUCUUACUAUUACUUACCAUCUUAACGAUGUUCCCGUAGUAUGUGUAACAAGAUGCCGGACAGCGGACACUGCAACGUAGUAUGUGUACCAGGUCAGGGUUAGGCCAUAAUUUCAGGUACAAAUACUAUGGGAGUCACUUAGCUCGUCCCCAAACUCGCAAUAGAACUAAAAUUGGAAUAAAAUUAUGGCCUAACCCUGACCUGGUACACAUACUACGUUGCAGUGUCCGCUGCCCGGCAUCUUGUUACACAUACUACGGGAGCACCUGUACUUCAUUACACAGUUUUAAUUCAUCAUGUCAAGUGCCAUUAAUUUGAGACCCAUAAUGUGAGAGAUAAUUUGUUUACAAAUAAUAUUUCCCAAUGUCAUAUUCAUGUAGAAGUCUUGUUGCAAAAGUUUAUUAUUGGCCAAUAUAAUAAUAAUACUAAUGAACAAAUAUAAUAUUAAUUAAGGCCAUAAAAUUACCAAAUUUAGAAAACGAACAUUCAAAAAUAAUUGUAUUCAAUAUUUUAAUUUAAAAACCAAUUUUAAACAAAAAUCAGGAUUGUUGAAUCUUAUCGAGGAUGAUUUCAAUUGGUUUUCAUGGUAACUUGUUUUAUUACUAUGGUGUAAUAAUUAGUUUAAAUUCAAUGAAAAACCUUUUCUGAAAGCAUUACCAGAUAAAAUUUUUAGUAUAUUAUGAAUAAUAUGGUGCUAAUAGACCCAAAAUUCGUGCUCAAAAGGUAAUAUUAUUCCACUGAGUGAUUCCCUUAAAAUGCUUGAAUGAGAUAUUUUCUGCCUCAUGUACAUUUUUAUCUUGUGAUAUAUAAGGCUGGCAUUUCCAAAUACUCUAAAAUCUGAAUGAUUCCAGAAUUGAAUUUUUUUUUUCAAAAUUUAAUCCCGAAUACUGAGAAUAUUAUGAAAUUGCAUAUGACUUUUAAAUUUCUGAAAAGCUAGAAUCUGUCACUCAGACAUUUCGCUGAACAUUCACACAAUAUAACGUUUAAUCAACAACUCACUCGUAAAAAAACUCAUAGGUCAAAAUUGCAUUUUAAAAAUAUGGCUUCGAUAAAAAAAAUGACAAAUUAACCUUAGGUCAUUGAAAACAUACAAGAUGUGGCGAUUUGAGAUUUUUGUGUGACCAAUUCGAAUAAUAUACUAUUCGAUUUGAAAUGCCCAGCUCUGGUUAUCUUUGUUGAAUGUGCCAAUUUAUCAAUCAUGUUUUUAUCUUUGUACAUAUUUUCUUUUUUUAUAUUCCAACUUUACAGUACCAACUGAGCUAUUUUAAAUCAUGUUAAUAAUUGAACAUUCUAAAAUUUGCAGUACAAGCAACUACUUUUGUGAUAAUUAUAACUCGUUCUGCCGUAUUGUUGUAUCUUGUAUAUUUUCACCAAUCUUGGAAUGCAUUGUGCAUAUACAUAUUCUUAGUGCUCACUAAUUCACAUAAUAAAUGAUUUUCAAAACAA